UCCCCAGCCAAAGCCGGAGGCUGCUGCGCGGGGCGGGUCCAGCCCCCCUCCGGUGCCCGCGCCGUGCCCUGCAUCCCCAGAGUCUGGCUCAGCCCACGGCGGCGCGGCAGGGACCCUGGGAGCCGGCCACGUACCCAGCCAGCCCUCCGCUGCCUUGUCUCCGCCUCCCCUCCCGGGACAGCGGCCACCAUGUUCUCGUGCGUGAAGUCCUACGAAGACCAGGACUACUCAGCCCUGAAGCGGGCCUGCCUGCGCAGGAAGGUGCUCUUCGAGGACCCCACCUUCCCGGCCACCGAUGACUCGCUGUACUAUAAGGACGCCCCAGGGCCCGCCGUCAGGUGGAAGCGGCCCAAGGACAUCUGCGAGGACCCCCGCCUCUUUGUGGACGGCAUCAGCUCCCACGACCUGCACCAGGGCCAGGUGGGCAACUGCUGGUUUGUGGCGGCCUGCUCAUCUCUCGCUUCCCGUGAGCCACUGUGGCAGAAGGUCAUCCCAGACUGGAAGGAGCAGGAGUGGGACCCCGAGAAGCCUGACGCCUAUGCGGGCAUCUUCCACUUCCAGUUCUGGCGCUUUGGGGAGUGGCUGGACGUGGUGAUCGACGACCGGCUGCCCACGGUCAACAACCAGCUCAUCUACUGCCACUCUAGCUCUCGCAACGAGUUCUGGUGUGCCCUGGUGGAGAAGGCCUAUGCCAAGCUGUCGGGCUGUUACCAGGCCCUCGAUGGAGGCAACACAGCGGACGCACUGGUGGACUUCACAGGUGGUGUUUCUGAGCCCAUCGACCUGACCGAGGGUGACUUCAUCAAUGACGAGGCCAAGAGGAACCAGCUCUUUGAGCGUGUGUUGAAGGUGCACAGCCGGGGAGGCCUCAUCAGCGCCUCCAUCAAGGCAGUGACAGCGGCAGACAUGGAGGCCCGCCUGGCGUGCGGCCUGGUGAAGGGCCACGCGUACGCCAUCACCGAUGUGCGCAAGGUGCGCCUGGGCCACGGCCUGCUGGCCUUCUUCAAGUCGGAGAAGCUGGACAUGAUCCGCCUGCGCAACCCCUGGGGCGAGCGGGAGUGGAACGGGCCCUGGAGCGACACCUCAGAGGAGUGGCAGAAGGUCAGCAAGAGUGAGCGGGAGAAGAUGGGCGUGACGGUGCAGGACGACGGUGAGUUCUGGAUGACCUUCGAGGACGUGUGCCGGUACUUCACCGACAUCAUCAAGUGUCGCCUGAUCAACACGUCUUACCUGAGCAUCCACAAGACGUGGGAGGAGGUCCAGCUGCGUGGCGCCUGGACGCAGCACGAGGACCCGCAGCAGAACCGCAGCGGGGGCUGCAUCAACCACAAGGACACCUUCUUCCAGAACCCGCAGUACAUCUUUGAUGUCAAGAAGCCAGAAGAUGAAGUGCUGAUAUGCGUCCAGCAGCGGCCGAGACAGUCCACCCGCCGGGACGGCAAGGGCGAAAAUCUGGCCAUUGGCUUCGACAUCUACAAGGUGGAGGAAAACCGCCAGUACCGCAUGCACAGCCUGCAGCAAAGGGCCGCCAGCUCCAUCUACAUCAACUCGCGCAGCGUCUUCCUGCGCACGGAGCAGCCCGAGGGCCGCUACGUCAUCAUCCCCACCACCUUCGAGCCAGGCCAUGCUGGCGAGUUCCUGCUCCGAGUCUUCACUGACGUGCCCUCCAACUGCCGGGAGCUGCGCCUGGACGAGCCCCCUCGCUCCUGCUGGAGCUCCCUGUGCGGCUACCCCCAGCUGGUGACUCAGGUGCACGUCCUGGGGGCUGCUGGUCUCAAGGAGUCCUCGUCAGGGCCAAACUCUUACGUGAUCAUCAAGUGUGAGGGGAACAAAGUCCGCUCGGCUAUGCAGAAGGGCACCUCGACCCCCGAGUACAACGUGAAAGGCAUCUUCUACCGCAAGAAGCCAGGCCAGCUCAUCACUGUUCAGAUCUGGAACCACCGACUCUUGAAGGACGAGUUCCUGGGCCAGGUGCACCUGAAGGCUGAUCCAGACGACCUCCAGGCCCUGCACACCCUCCGGCUCCAAGACCGCAACAGCGACCUGCCGGGCACCAUUGCUGUGCACGUACUCAGCAGUGCCUCUCUUAGGGCCAUCUGAUGCCUGCCCGCCUAUCUGGCCCUCACAGUUCUCACCGCCACCUGCAUGUCCCCAACCAGUUCGGGGACUACCCUGGGAGCCAGGACGCUGGGGUCCUUUGCCCAGCUUUUCUACUGACUUGCUGUGUGACCUGGGGAGGUCUCUGCACCUCUCUGGGCCUCAGUGUCCCGAGGACCCCAAGGCAUCCCCUUCUCAUGGAGGAGUCUUCUUGCCUGAGAUUUAAAAUAGCCCUCCUUACCCCAACUGUCACUACUGCUAAGGGACUCUAUCCGUUGAAAACAUUUUCCGAAGGCCCUGCUGUCUGCCGACGGAGUGCCAAGAAGAUGUCACUUGUUUACACACAAACUGCCACAUCCCCCAGCCCCACUCUUGCCCCAGUGUCCC